AGAGAGAGCAAGAGGUACUCCCAGCUCAGUCCGAUCAGUGUUUCGGUGUCCUUCUUGCUAUGUGGAUUACUGCUACUACUUUAAACAAGCACACAGGAUUUCUAUUGGAGUGUUUUGGUAUUUUGACCGCAGUGACUUUAACACAGGUGUUAGGUGGACUUGUGCAGUUCAUUUUGGACUGUACAUGAGAAUGGAGCUGAACGGUCGUGUUCUGCCACCGUCAAUACCUGAAGAUGGAGAAGCCCCGGACCAUGUUUCUCAUGGAGAGAUGAACGGUUACCACCAGAGGCUUCAGGGCGGUGACGGGGGAGAGGCUGAAGUCCCGGUGUCCAAGUCCCAGAGACGAAAGAGUGAUGUCAAAGUCUAUAAGGAGUUUUGUGAUUUUUAUGCUCGCUUCAACAUGGCCAAUGCUCUGGCCAAUGCCAUGUGUGAGCGCUGCAAGAGUGGUUUUGCCCCGGCUGAGAAGAUAGUGAACAGCAACGGGGAACUUUACCAUGAGCAGUGCUUUGUGUGCGCCCAGUGUUUCCAACAGUUCCCAGAGGGACUCUUCUAUGAGUUUGAAGGCAGAAAAUACUGUGAACACGACUUCCAGAUGCUGUUUGCUCCCUGCUGCCACCAGUGUGGUGAGUUCAUCAUUGGCCGUGUGAUCAAGGCUAUGAACAACAGUUGGCAUCCAGACUGUUUCUGCUGUGAUAUCUGCCAGGCUGUGCUCGCUGAUGUUGGAUUUGUUAAGAAUGCUGGAAGGCACCUGUGUCGUCCAUGUCAUAACCGAGAGAAAGCUCGGGGCCUCGGCAAGUACAUCUGUCAGAAGUGUCACGCCAUUAUUGAGGAGCAGCCUCUCCUGUUCAAGAAUGACCCGUACCACCCUGAUCACUUCAACUGCAACAACUGCGGUAAGGAGCUGACGGCUGAUGCCAGGGAGCUGAAGGGGGAGCUCUACUGUCUGCCCUGCCAUGACAAGAUGGGUGUCCCCAUCUGCGGGGCCUGUAGGAGACCCAUCGAGGGUCGUGUGGUUAAUGCCAUGGGCAAGCAGUGGCAUGUGGAGCAUCAUGUGUGCACUGUGUGCGAGCGUCCAUUUCAGGGCCACCCAUUUUAUGAGCGGGGUGGUCAUGCCUAUUGUGAAAGACACUUUGACAUGCUGUUUGGAGAUGUUUGCUACCACUGCAAUCGUGUUAUUGAAGGAGAUGUGGUGUCUGCCCUUAACAAGGCUUGGUGUGUCAACUGUUUUGCCUGCUCUACCUGCAACACCAAACUCACCCUCAAGGAUAAGUUUGUGGAGGUGGAUCUAAAGCCGGUGUGUAAGCACUGCUACGAACGCCUGCCCGACGACAUGAAACGCCGGCUGGCCAAGCGUGAACGUGACUCAAAAGACAAGAAGAAGAAAUUGAUACCCAUGUGUCUGUGAUCCACUCUUUGUUCUUUCUCCUCACUUCCACUGUUCUUCCUUUGGAACAAGUUUGUGGAGUUUGACAUGAAGCCAGUGUGUAAGAAGUGUUACGAGAAAUUCCCUCUGGAGCUGAAGAAGAGACUGAAGAAGCUGUCUGAAACAGUUGCCCGCAAGUAAACACACAUAGCUGGGCAGCUGGAGGGAGAGAGAAACAGAUGAGACCCCGAGGUGGCCACGCAAGUCACAUUUCCAGAAUUGACAAUCGUAUAAGACAGCAUUUUGUGUGUUUUAUUGGUAUGUUAAAAAUAGGUUGGUUAUUUCAGCAGAACACUCUACUUUUUGUUCUUUAAGAUACAGAGGAUCAUUUCAUGAGCCUGAAACUGACAGAUGGGCCAACAGACAGAUUGUUGGCCAGUCAGUCAGUGGGUUUUACAUGAACCUGUCCAGUGCCUUUUGGCUCAAAUACUGCACUGUAUACUUCUUCACAUGCUUGCCUUAUUUCACUAUGUAUUAAAGUGCUCAUAUUAUGUGUUUUGGCUUU